AUAUCAGUCGGAACUUUCGGAAUAUCAUGAGCUCAGGCAUCUAUUAGAAAAUAAAAUUUUAAACAUAUUUUGUGUGAUACAGUGAAUGUGAAAAGUUUAACAAAGAUAUUGAAAAUGUUUCGAAACUUGUGCAUGCUGCGUAAAAAUAUAUUACUGUCCAGAAUAAUUUAUUCGAGUUAUACAGUAAGGGCCAAUCUGACAAUCAGUUCAAAAUAUCGCGCAAAGCCAAUUGAAGGCUUGACGGUAACCGAUAUUAACAUCCACGAUCUGGCCAAAGGAGAUGUUGAGUUUUCACGCAAUUUCCUCACUACACUUCCUUCGCUGGGGAAAUCGGAGCUUUCGCCCGAUGCCGUCAACAUGGAGGCAAUCGUUGAGCCAGAUGCAGUAACGGAAUCACCAACUACGGAUGGAGGCAGCAUGAGCAUACUCGAUAAAGAUGGAAUGCCAAUUGUGCCCAUUGAAAUCGAUGGAUGGAAGAACGCGGAAGAUGAUGAUGGUCCAACCGUGCAGAAUCCUUCCGGGCAGCCAAUGGACAUUGGCAAUGACAUCGAGUACAAGAAGCAACAAAUGCUGGAGGUGCCCGAGAAGCGAGAGGGACAGUUCGAAUACAAGGGCAUCAAGGUGAAGCUGCCAGAAUCGGCAUCCAAGGAUAUUGGCACCUAUCGGUUCCGUCGCGACCAAGAGGAUCUGGAGACAGUGGCUGAUGAUAUGCGGGUCGUCAAGUUCGAUAAGAAGUGAAUAGAUAUCUUUUAGUGGGUGUGCUUGUGAAUGUUGCAUUCCAAUUACAAAUGCAUCUACUACAAUUUUUAGUUGCAUGUUGACCCAAGUUGUACCAUGAAAAAUUUAACGAAAUUACUAUUUUGUACAAUUUAUAUUAAAAUUUAACUUAGUGCUUUUAA